AUGGCCACCCCGCCGCCGGCCCCUCCAAGCGAGGCGCCCGCGCCGACCACCAUCACCACCAAGCCCAUCCACAGCCUGGUCCUCGACACGGGCCCGCUCAUCAAGAACGACCCGACCGUCAGCGCGCUCCUCGCGCAGGCCGAGCAGCUCUACAUCCUCCCCUCCGUCGUCUCCGAGAUACGCGACGCCGCCACCCGGUCCCGCGUGGAGACGCAGCUGCUGCCGUUCGUCACGGUGCGCUCGCCGAACCCGAAGAGCGUCGGCGUGAUCCGCGAGUUCGCGCGCAAGACGGGUGACUUGGGAUCGCUGAGCAAGCCGGACGUUGAGGUGCUGGCGUUGGCGUACGAGCUGGAGUGCGAGCGCAACGGCGGCGACUGGCGGUUGCGCAGCUCGCCAGACCAGAAGCGGGUCAACGGGAAGCCGCCGCAGAGGGAGGAGGCGGCGACACAAGAGGCAGAAAGGGAGCAGACGGUGGAAGGCGCGGCGGCUGUCCCGGGUGCGGAAGUGCCGGUGGAAGAGAUGGCGAAGCUUGACGUUGCUGAUUCCGCCCAGCCAGAGGAUGCCCCGGAGGCUGUCGAUGCCAAGCCUGAGGAUGCCAGCGAGGCUGUCGGUGCUACUCAAACUGAAAACAAUACCAAGAGCGAACCUUCUGCGGAAACUGAACCGGCUACGGAAACUGCAGAUGCUACCCACACGCAAGGCUCCGAGAACGCAGACGAUGGCCUCGUCAUUGACGAGAUUGUGGAAGAGGGAGACGACGACGAAGAGGACGGCGAGGCGUCCGACGACGACGGCGGCUGGAUCACGCCCUCCAACAUCAAGAAGCACAAGGCCCAGGCCGCCGGCUCCACGCCCUCCCAAGCCCCGCAACGCACCCUCCAAGCCGCUGUCCUGACCUCCGACUUUGCCAUGCAAAACGUCGCCCUGCGCAUGAACCUCAACCUCGUGACGCCCUCGUUCGCGCGCAUCACCCAGCUCAAGACGUGGGUGCUCCGGUGCCACGGCUGCUUCGCCGUGACCCGGCAAACGGAGCGGCAGUUCUGCCCGCGCUGCGGCCAGCCGACACUGCUGCGGACCAGCUGCUCGACGGACGCGCAGGGCGUCGCCCGGCUGCACCUGAAGCGCGGGUUCCAGUUCAACAACCGCGGCAACGUGUACAGCGUGCCGAAGCCGGUGCACGGCACGCCGCACGGGCGGCUGGCCAAGCACGCGGGCGGGAAGAACAACUGGGGCGCGGGGCUGGUGCUGGCGGAGGACCAGAAGGAGUACGUGCGCGCGGCGGAGGCGCAGAGAAGGCAGAAGAAGAGGGAUCUGAUGGACGAGGAGUUCCUGCCGGGGAUCUUGACGGGGGAUCGGUCGGGAGGGGGCAAGAUCAAGGUCGGCGCGGGCAGGUCGGUGAAUGGGCGCCGGCGGCGGUGA